UCAAAGAUGGAUCUUAGAGAAGCUAUGAGGAACCAAAACGACGUUGCCGUGAACCUUUCCAUGAACGUCUUAUCUUCCGCGACCAAAGACUCUAAUGUAAUCUUCUCGCCGGCGUCAAUCAACUCUGCGAUCACCAUGCACGCCGCUGGUCCCGGAGGAGAGUCAAUCGCUAGUGAAAUCCUCUUCCUCAGAUCUUCGUCAAUCGAAGAGCUGAAGACCAUCUUCCGCGAAAUAUCCUCCGUCGUCUUUGCCGAUCAGAGUGCAAGUGGCGGCCCAAAGAUCACGGCGGCGAAUGGCUUAUGGAUUGAAAAAUCACUUUCGGUUGAUCCCAAGUUCAAGGAUCUCUUCGAAAACUUCUUCAACGCCGUGUAUGCUCCAGUUGAUUUCCGAUCAAAGGCUGAAGAAGUUCGUGAGGAGGUGAACUCAUGGGUCGAAAAUCACACCAAUAAUCUCAUAAAAGACCUUCUUCCUGCUGGUUCAGUGGCAAGCGACACCGACAAGAUUUACGCAAACGCAUUGUAUUUUAAAGGAGCUUGGAAAAGACCAUUUGAAAAGUAUAAUACAAGAGACAGAGACUUUCACCUUGUCAAUGGCACAUCAGUCUCUGUGCCAUUCAUGACCAGCUCUGAUGACCAAUACGUAAGAGCUUACGAUGGCUUCAAGGUCCUCAGGCUCCCUUACAGACGAGGCAGUAAUGAUAGUCCCAUUCGUAAAUUCUCAAUGUAUUUCUAUCUCCCCGACAAGAAAGAUGGGUUGUAUGAACUCCUUGAGAAGAUGGGAUCUACACCUGAGUUCGUGGAUUAUCACAUUCCAGGAUUCAGAGAUGAACUCGGGGCGUUCAGGAUUCCAAAGUUUAGAAUCUCGUUCGGGUUUUCUGUUUCAACUGUUUUGGAUCAGUUGGGAAUGCGUUCGAUUUCACUGUACCAUAAAGCUUGCGUGGAGAUCGAUGAGGAAGGUGCUGAAGCUGCGGCUGCAACUGCUGAUGAUGAUAUGGGUUUUUCUCUUUAUAUGGAGCCUCCUAAGAGGAUUGAUUUUGUGGCUGACCAUCCAUUUCUUUUCUUGAUUCGAGAAGACAAAACUGGAACCGUUUUGUUCUUUGGUCAGAUCUUUGAUCCUUCACAAACUUGUUGGCGCAGCGUACAAACUGUUGAACGGUCGAUCAAGAACCUUUAGGGUUCUAGAGACCUGUUCUUGGAUCAAUCAAAGAGUUUCUUGCGAUAGCUUCUUUGAAACCAACUUCUUGUAGAUGAAUUUAAUCGAAUCAAACAAGGUAUAAAGCAAAAGCUCUGUUUUUAAUUAUCAAAAGUCUAAUUCAUAAACAAUGACAAAGAAGGCUAUAUAUAAGCCAAAGCUAAACACCAAACCCUAAGAUAAACAUGCUUAAGAUAAAAGACCUAAAGCCCAUAUAAUUAUCAGAAUUAUAAUUAAAUAAUA